AUGGAGGGAGAAAGCAAGAGAGAGUACAUUUGCACAGUAGGUGCAUUUACAAAACAAGGAGUUAAAAAGAGUGACGAGGACGACAAGGAACUCUCCAGUUACAGUGGAAGAGCUGUCGAUAUCGAAGCACCCCUUUGCGACAAGUGUAAAAAGACGAUGAAGACAAUGCUCUAUUUGCACUGCCCUACUGAUGUGUUACAGAACAGACAUGUCGCUGUGUUUUAUUGUCCUACACAUGCAACUUAUAAGGCAUUUUCAAAUCCAUGUAAGCGCUUCGACUCUCCACAACUCGACAAACAAGUUGAAAAAAUUGAAAAAACAAAAGAUGAAGAGACAUCCAAAGUCGGGUUUUCGUUUGGACUGGGCGACUCUUCAACACAGACAACUACUGGAUUUGGUUUUGAGAUGUGUGAUUUGGACGAUAAGGCACUUCACACUUUAGUAAUUUCUCAAACGAAGACCCCUUCCAAAAAAAGUACUCAGAAAAAAGACAAACAAGAGAAAGAGAGGGUAUGUGGCAAGUGGAUUGAGUGGUACGAUGAGUAUUCCACAAAGAGUGAAUUCAACGAGAAUGAGCUCGAGAAAUUAAAAACAUUUAAAAAAGAAGUAGACGAUCUUGGUGGAGAGGAUUCCUUUGAAGAAGUUGAAGACAAAGAGUGGGACGUAUUCACAGAGUCGAUGUUAAAUAACCCGAAACAGAUUAUACGAUAUGGUGGUGAGCCUUUGAUAGUCAACAAGUGUUACAAAGGUCUUGAGAUCUCAACCACAAAGUGUCCACAUUGUGGGCACCUUCUUAACUUUGAAUUUCAAGUCCUCCCCUCCAUCAUCUCACUCAUGCGCGACAUCCCGGAGUUCGACUCUCUCUUUGUGUUUUCUUGUGAUCACUGUGAACGUUCAUCUAAGAGUGAAGUAGUUGUUUUGUCUCAAAGUAAAUGA